AUGCGCAAGCGAUUCCUACCACCUGACAGCGAGUAUCGCUUACGGGAGCGACUAUGUGCGCUUAGUCAGACCACGUCACUUCAUGAUUACGUGGCAGAGUUUCAAAACUUGCUCAUCCAGUGCACGGUGCAAAUCAGCCAGCUGGAGCUGCGUUUCUACUUCCAACAAGGGUUUAAGCCGGCAACCGCAAAUCAUUUGCGAGAACAUCACCCGGCGACGCUCGAUGAGUCUAUCCAACUAGCGCUUCGUUUCGAUCACGCAGGGCAAAGAGCCAUAGCAGCUAAUGAGGACUGGCAGAGUUCAGCGACGUGUCAUCGCUGCAAGAACGUCGGCCACAUCGCUCUAAACUGCCCGACGAAAUAA